CUCCGCGGCCGAGCGCGGUGCCGCCGGGAUGUCAGCGCCGGACGAGCGAUGGAGCUUCCUUGAGAGCUUCACCAUGCAGCUGCUGCAGCUCCGGCCGGACAGGUGGAACAAGUUCCAGGACAGUGAGGAGGCCAGGGCCAUGCUGGACGAGUUCUUCAGGCAGCCGGACGUGCCGGAGCUGGUGCUGGCGCUGAGCCCCGCCGGGCAGCUCCAGGCGACCGCCUGCUUCCCCCCCGCCCUCAAAGCCAAGGGCACCUACUUCGUGAAGAGGAAGAAGGAGAACAUCACGCAGGAGAACUGCAGGGCUGCCCUGCUGGUGGGGGACAUCAGCCCCUCGCCGGUGGAGCAGCUGAUCACCGUGGUGGAGGAGGUCGUGUGCUCCCUGCUGCUGAGUGAGGAGCACCUGGCAAGCUGUCCCGGUGUGGUGGCAGAGGACAUCGCACGCCGUGCCUGCAGGCUGAGGAACGACAUGUUUGUGAUGGGCGGCAAGAUCCAGGGGAAACCACUGCUGCCAAUGCCUGAGCACCUGGAUGACCGCGAUGGGACCCGCACGGUGCUGGAGUGCCUGGAGGAGCCGGUGGACAAUUCCACGCUGCACUCCAUCGAGACAAUCGUCAUCGACUGGUCUCACCAGAUCAGGGAAAUCCUGAACAAGGACUCGGCACAGCCGCUGCUGGAAGGGCUGCACCCUCUGCCCAGGGCAGAGUUUGAGUUCUGGCGCACCAGGAGCCUCCACCUGCAGUGCAUCAAUGAACAGCUGCUCUCGCCGCGGGUGACGGCCCUGGCUGAGAUCCUGGAGAAGGCUGACAGCUGCUACUGGCCGGCACUGCAGGCCAUGUUCAGGGACGUCAGUGCAGGCUUGCAGGAAGCCAACGACAUCAGCCUCUACCUUCAGCCGCUGCAGAUCCUACUGGAAGAGAUGGAGCAGGCAGACUACUUCCAGCUGCGGCCAUACAUUGACAGAGUGCUGUACACCGUCUGCCUCACCUGGGUGCACUCUGAGCACUACAGCACACCGUCCCGCGUCAUCGUCAUCCUGCAGGAGAUCUGCAACCUCCUCAUUGAGAUGACCCGAAAUUUCCUGAGUCCCGAGGAAGUGAUGAAGGGGCUGCAAGGAGAGCUUGAUGAGACCUUGGAGAACAUCAAGUUGAGCAUUUCCACCAUCGAGAAGUUCUUCCAAUCCUACAACCACUGCUGCUCUGACCUGCUGCCUUCCUUGUUCACGGAGAAGGAGCCACAGCUCUGGGAGUUCCCUCGCUCCCUCAUCUUCAGGAGGUUGGAUGCUUUCCUGCACCGGCUGAAGAUCAUUGAGGAGCUGUAUGAGACGGCCAUGGAGUUCCUGAAGCUGGAGAAAGCAGAGCUGGGCGGGGUGAAGGGGAACAUCCUGGGGCACCAGGUGCUGCAGAUCUAUGAGGAGGUCUCCGAGCUCACCAAAGAAUUCGCUGAUUGUAAAUACGAUCCCUUGGAUCCCGAGGACGAGCAAUUGAACCAGGAUUUUACGGAGUUCCAGAGCAAGAUUCAGGACCUGGACAGGCGGAUGGCCACCAUCCUGUGCCAGGGCUUUGAUGACUGCAAUAGCCUGGGGUCGGCCAUGAAGCUGGUGCACAUGUUCUCCUCUCUGCUGGAGCGCCCGCUGCUCCGUGCCGACGUGUCCCCGCAGUGCUCGGGGCUGCUGGCCACAUUCAGUGCUGAGCUGGACGAUGUGAAGCGACUGUUUGACACGUGGACACGUGCUGGUGCUGCUGUGCCUGUGCAUACCAACAUGCCUCCGGUGGCCGGGCAGCUGCAGUGGGCGCUGGAGCUGCAGGAGAGGCUGCAUGGGAUGCACCAGGAGCUCUUUGCCAUCAACCACCCUGCGAUGACCAGCCCUGAGGCCACACUGGUGUCUGGGAAAUAUGAAGAAAUGAUGGAGCUUCUGCAGGGCUACUGUGAGCAGGUGUAUGCAGUAUGGGCGAGCAGGGCUGACCAGGACUGCCUCUUCCACCUGGAGCAGCCCCUGAUCCUCAGGGACCCCAGCUCCUCCCUCAUCAGUGUGAACUUCAACAGGAAGCUCACUGCUGUCCUGCGGGAGGUGAAGUACCUGGGCUUCCAGAAGCAGAAGGACAUCCCAGUCGGUGCCGAGAAACUCUUUGCACAGAAGGAGACCUUACAGAAGUUUGUGGACAACCUGGACCUCAUGACAGGCUGGUACAACAAGGUGAAGCAGACAGCGCUGCCUGUGGAGCUCCCACUGGUGGCAGCGGAGCUGGAGGCCAUCGACGGCCGUCUGGUCACUGCAGAGCAGACCCUGUGCUGGAACCAUGAUGGUGUGAUGGAAUACAUUCAGGAGAUGAGAGAGAUCUUGUAUGACUUAAACACCAGAGUGCAGAAAUCAAAGCUAAACGUGGAAAAUAUCAGCCAGCUCAUGGAGGAGUGUUCAGCCACUCCCGUGUUCGAGAGGAAGGACAACAAGGAGGCAGCACUGCUGGACCUGGAUGGGCGGGCGAGCAAUGUGGCUCGGCGCUAUGCAGCCAUCCGGGAGGCGAGCAGCAGGAUUGAGGCCAUGGUGCAGGAGAAUGCAGAGCUGUUCAAGGCUGAUACGUCAUCGCAGAUCUGGCUGGACUACUUAAAAUACAUUGACACAGUGGUGUUGGAUGGGCUCUUCGUACUCGUUCACAAAUCCUUGAAGCUGCUGCUCACCAACAUGGCCCCCAAUGCGCGCGUGGCCCCGCUGUUCGAGGUGUGCAUGGAGCUGUGUGAUGGCGCGGUGGGGUUCCGGCCCUCGUUGGAUGUGACGGAUGAGAACAGCUUCCUGAAGCUGCUGGAGGACCUGCUGGCUGACAUCUACGGCUGUGCAACGUGCAUACCCCGGCUGCUGCAGGGGAAGCUGAGCUACAAGUCUGAGCUGGAGGAGGAGGUGGAGCUCAGCAGGAUGCGGGAGGAGGUGAUGUCGCUGGCAGCCGAUGCUAUGGCCGAGGGCAUGGAGCACUGCGCCAGCUUCGAGCAGUAUGCAGAGCUGUGGCUUGAGGGCCCCGAAGAGUUUCUGCAGCACUUCCUCACCUUCCAGAGCUCCCCCAGCCCUGAACAACCCGAGGGUCCCUCACAUGAGGGACUUCCAUCGCUGCAGCUCUUCCAGGAGGAGAUCAAUGCGUGCGAGGAGCUGUGCCAGGAGGUGUCGGGCUUUGCCAGCACUGUGGUGUUUGGGGGGUGGCUGCAGAGCGACUGCCGCCCCUUCAAGCAGAUGCUGCUGAGCGCUGCACGCAGCCGGGGCCAGGCACUGCGGCAGCACCUCACCGACCACGUCACCAGCAGCCUGCAGGAGCUGGAAGCCUUCAUCAAGAAAACCACUGCUGGCUUGAGCAAGCCGGUGCAAGAGGGAGAUUAUGAUGGGCUGGUGGAGGUGAUGGGGCACCUGCUGAGGGUGAAGGACCGACAGGCAGCCACCGAUGGCAUGUUUGGGCCCCUGAAGGAAACCAUUGCACUGCUCAGUAUGUUUGGGGAGGAGAUGCCCGAGGAGGUGCACCAGCAGCUCCAGGAGCUGCCCGAGCAGUGGGACAACACCAAGAAGCUCUCCUUCCACGUGAAGCAGAACGUGGCACCUCUGCAAACGAACGAGGUCAACAUCAUCCGCAGGAAAUGCCAGCAGUUUGAGGCCCAGCAGCACGCCUUCAGGGAGAAGUUCCGCGAAAAAGCCCCUUUCUCCUACACUGACCCGGAGCCCUACAGAUCCCUCAGCAAGCAACAGAGGAGCAUUGCUGCCAUGGAGAGUGACAUGGCUGCACUGUCCAAGUCAGCCGGGCUGUUUGAAGUGGCCGUCCCGGAGUACAAGCAGCUCAAAGCGUGCCACAGGGAUGUGCGACUGCUGAAGCGGCUCUGGGACAUGAUUGUGCUGGUCAACACGAGCAUCGAUGAUUGGAAAACCACCAGAUGGAAGGAUAUCAACGUGGAGCAGAUGGACAUCGACUGCAAGAAAUUUGCUAAAGACAUUCGAAGCUUGGAUAAGGAGAUGAGAAGCUGGGAUGCAUUCACAGGGCUGGACAACAAUGUGAAGAACAUGAUGACGUCCCUGCGUGCUGUGAAUGAGCUGCAGAACCCGGCCAUCAGGGAUCGACACUGGCAUGAGCUCAUGCAGGCAACCAAGGUGAACUUCACCAUGUCCAAAGACACAACCCUGGCGGAUCUGCUGCAGCUGAACCUGCACAAGUUUGAGGAUGAGGUUCGUGGCAUCGUGGACAAAGCUGUGAAGGAGUCGGGGAUGGAGAAGGUGCUGAGCACUCUGGACAGUACAUGGGCCACAAUGCAGUUCGAGCACGAGCCGCACUCCAGGACGGGCAUGAUGCUCCUCAAGUCGGACGAAGUGCUCAUCGAGACGCUGGAGGACAACCAAGUGCAGCUGCAGAACCUGAUGGCCUCCAAGUACCUCGCCUUCUUCCUCCAGGAAGUGUCGGGCUGGCAGCAGAAGCUGUCGACCGCCGACUCCGUGAUCAGCAUCUUGUUUGAGGUGCAGAGGACGUGGAGUCACCUGGAGAGCAUCUUCAUCGGCUCUGAAGACAUCCGCAGCCAGCUGCCAGAGGACUCCAGGAAGUUUGAUUCCAUCGAUAAGGACUUCAGAGAACUGAUGGCCGACGCAGUAAAAACCCCCAAUGUCAUCGAAGCUACCAACAAACCCGGUCUCUUUGGCAAACUGGAGGCACUGCAGAAGAGACUGGCGGUCUGUGAGAAGGCUUUGGCUGAGUACCUGGAGACAAAGCGACUGGCCUUCCCCAGAUUCUACUUCAUUUCCUCUGCGGAUCUGCUUGACAUUCUGUCUAACGGGAAUGAGCCAGCUGAGGUGUCCCGUCACCUCUCGAAGCUGUUUGACAGUCUCGCUAAGCUGAAGUUCAAGAUGAGCCCAGACAAAAAGCCACUGAAGGUGGCCAUGGGGAUGUUCAGCAAAGAGGAGGAGUUUGUGCCGCUGGAUGCAGAGUGCGAUCUGUCAGGGCAGGUGGAGGUGUGGCUGAACCGCGUGCUGGACAGCAUGCGCUCCACAUUGCAGCACCUGAUCCCUGAGGCUGUGGCCAGCUAUGAGGACAAGCCACGGGAGCAGUGGGUGUUUGACUACCCUGCACAGAUUGCUCUGACUUGCACCCAGAUCUGGUGGACCACAGAAGUCGGCAUUGCCUUUGCAAGGCUGGAGGAGGGCUAUGAAAAUGCAAUUAAGGACUAUAACAAGAAGCAGAUCACUCAGCUAAACGCACUGAUCUCACUGCUCAUUGGAAACUUGUCUGCGGGAGACAGAAUGAAGAUCAUGACAAUCUGCACCAUUGACGUGCACGCCAGAGACGUCGUGGCCAAAAUGAUCCUCACAAAGGUGGAGAGCGCGCAGGAGUUCGCAUGGCAGUCACAGCUGCGGCACCGCUGGGACGAGGGCCAGAGGCACUGCUACGCCAACAUCUGUGAUGCACAGCUGCAGUACUCCUACGAGUACCUGGGCAACACACCACGGCUCGUCAUCACCCCGCUGACUGACCGGUGCUACAUCACCCUGACGCAGUCCCUGCAUCUCUUCAUGGGAGGAGCCCCUGCCGGCCCUGCGGGCACCGGGAAAACAGAAACCACCAAGGACCUGGGCCGGGCGGUGGGCAUGAUGGUCUACGUCUUCAACUGCUCUGAGCAGAUGGACUAUAAGUCCUGUGGCAAUAUCUACAAGGGCCUCGCUCAGACCGGAGCCUGGGGCUGCUUUGACGAGUUCAAUCGCAUCGCGGUGGAGGUGCUGUCGGUGAUUGCAGUGCAGGUGAAAUGUGUUCAGGAUGCAAUUCGUGCCAAAAAGAAAACGUUCAAUUUUCUCGGAGAGACGAUUUCGCUGGUGCCAUCGGUCGGGCUGUUCAUCACCAUGAACCCUGGCUAUGCAGGACGCACAGAACUGCCCGAAAACUUAAAGGCUCUGUUCAGACCCUGUGCCAUGGUGGUUCCAGACUUCGAGCUCAUCUGUGAAAUCAUGCUGGUUGCAGAAGGCUUUAUUGAUGCCAAGCUCCUAGCAAGGAAGUUCAUUACUUUGUACACACUCUGCAAGGAGCUGCUGUCUAAACAGGAUCACUAUGACUGGGGUCUGCGGGCAAUCAAGUCUGUGCUGGUGGUAGCAGGCUCCUUGAAGAGGGGGGACCCAAACCGUGCCGAGGACCAGGUCCUCAUGAGAGCCUUACGAGACUUCAACAUCCCAAAGAUCGUGACAGACGACCUGCCUGUGUUCAUGGGGCUGAUUGGGGACCUAUUCCCUGCUCUGGAUGUCCCCAGGAAGAGGGAUUUGAACUUUGAGAAGGUCAUCAAGCAGUCGGUGCUGGAGCUGAAGCUGCAGGCGGAGGACAGCUUUGUGCUGAAGGUGGUGCAGCUGGAGGAGCUGCUGCAGGUGCGGCAUUCUGUCUUCGUCAUCGGCAACGCCGGCUGCGGCAAGUCCCAGGUGCUGAGGUCGCUCAACAAGACGUACCGCAACAUGAAGCGCAAGCCGGUCACUGUGGACCUCGACCCAAAGGCUGUGACCUGCGAUGAGCUCUUUGGAAUCAUCCAUCCGUCUACACGAGAGUGGAAGGAUGGUCUGUUUUCUUCAACGAUGCGAGACCUGGCUAACAUCACACAUAAGGGGCCCAAGUGGAUCAUCCUCGAUGGUGAUAUUGACCCCAUGUGGAUCGAGUCCCUGAACACGGUCAUGGAUGACAAUAAGGUCCUCACCUUGGCCAGCAAUGAGCGCAUCCCCCUCAACCCCACCAUGCGGCUGCUCUUUGAGAUCAGCCACCUGCGCACCGCCACGCCGGCCACUGUGUCCCGGGCAGGGAUCCUCUACAUCAACCCUGCAGACCUGGGCUGGAGCCCUGUGGUGACCAGCUGGAUUGAGAAGAGAGCCGUGCAGUCCGAGAAGGCCAAUCUGAUGAUUCUGUUUGAUAAGUACGUGCCCGUGUGUCUGGAGAAGCUCAAGUUUGGCUUCAAGAGGAUCACCCCUAUCCCUGAGAUCACAUUGAUACAGAUGAUCCUGUACCUGUUGGACUGCCUCCUGACACCACAGAACGUGCCGCCAGACUCUCCCCGUGAGCUCUAUGAGCUCUACUUCAUCUUUGCCUGCAUCUGGGCCUUCGGUGGGGCCAUGUUCCAGGACCAGCUCAUGGAUUACCGUGCAGAAUUCAGCAAGUGGUGGGUGAACGAGUUCAAAGCCGUCAAAUUUCCUGCUCAGGGGACAAUUUUUGACUAUUACAUCGAUCCGGAAACAAAGAAAUUCAUGCCCUGGACUGAUAAAGUGCCAGCAUUCAAUCUUGACCCCGAAGUUCCCUUGCAGGCCUCCAUGGUGCACACCACCGAGACCGUCCGCAUCCGCUACUUCAUGGACCUGCUGAUGGAGAAGCAGUGGCCGGUGAUGCUGGUGGGGAAUGCGGGGACGGGGAAAACUGUGCUGAUGUGGGACAAGCUCGAAACGCUCAGCACAGAGGAGUACCUGGUGCAGUCCGUGCCCUUUAACUUCUACACCACCUCAGCCAUGCUGCAGGCCAUCCUGGAGAAGCCCCUGGAGAAGAAGUCAGGGAGGAACUAUGGCCCACCAGGCACUAAGAGGCUCAUUUACUUCAUUGAUGACUUGAACAUGCCCGAGGUGGACAAGUAUGGCACCGUGGCUCCGCACACACUCAUCCGGCAGCAUAUGGACCAUGGGCACUGGUACGACAGGAACAAACUGACCCUGAAGGACAUCCACAACUGUCAGUACGUGUCCUGCAUGAACCCGACCGCGGGGUCCUUCACCAUUGACUCCAGGCUGCAGCGACACUUCUGCGUCUUCGCCGUGAGCUUCCCCGGCCAGGAUGCACUGCUGACCAUCUACAGCGCCAUCCUGGCUCAGCACCUGGCCCUGCAGAAGGUGCCGCUGGCUGUGCAGAGGCUGCAGGAGCAGCUGGUGGCAGCCGCGCUGGCCCUGCACCAGCGGGUCACUGCCAUCUUCCUGCCCACUGCCAUCAAGUUCCACUACCUCUUCAAUCUCCGAGACCUCUCCAACAUAUUCCAGGGACUGCUGUUCUCCACCCCUGAGUGCCUGCGGAGCCCCGUGGACCUGGUGAGGCUCUGGAUGCACGAAGCUGAGCGGGUCUACGGGGACAAGCUCGUUGAUGACAAGGAUCAGAAAAGCUUUGGGAAGAUGCUAACUGACACCUGCAAGAAAUUCUUUGCUGACCUCAGCGAAGAGACAGUGUUCGCCAAGCCCAACAUCUACUGCCACUUUGCCCAGGGCAUCAGGGAGCCCAAGUACAUGCCAGUGCCGAGCUGGCCAUCGCUCAACAAGCUGCUGGGAGAGGCCUUGGACAGCUACAAUGAGGUCAAUGCGGUGAUGAACCUGGUGCUCUUUGAGGACGCGGUGUCUCACGUUUGCAGAAUCAAUCGGAUCCUGGAGUCCCCCCGAGGCAACGCGCUGCUGGUGGGGGUGGGGGGCAGCGGGAAGCAGAGCCUUUCCCGGCUUGCUGCUCACAUCAGCUCUCUAGAGGUGUUUCAGAUAACACUGAGGAAGGGAUACGGCAUCCCAGACCUGAAGCUGGACCUCGCCUCGCAGUACAUCAAGGCAGCCAUAAAGAAUGUUCCUACAGUGUUCCUGAUGACGGACUCCCAAGUGGCAGAGGAAUCGUUCUUGGUCCUGAUCAAUGACUUUCUGGCAUCUGGGGAGGUGCCGGGGCUUUUCCAGGAUGAUGAAUUGGAAGACAUUAUCAGUGCCAUGAGGCCACAAGUGAAGUUCCUUGGGUUGCCAGACUCAAGGGAAAACUGCUGGAAAUUAUUUAUAGAGAGAGUCAGGCGUCAGCUGAAGGUGAUCCUGUGCUUCUCCCCCGUGGGCUCCACUCUGCGCGUGCGGGCGAGGAGGUUCCCUGCCAUAGUCAACUGCACGGCCAUCGACUGGUUCCACGAGUGGCCAGAGGAUGCCCUGGUGUCUGUCAGCAGCAGGUUCCUGGAGGAGACGGGGGACAUUGAGCCCGAGGUCAAGGUCUCCAUCAGCCAGUUCAUGUCCUAUGUCCACAUGAGUGUGAAGGAGAUGUCCCAGACCUACCUGGCUGUGGAGCGACGCUAUAACUACACCACACCAAAGACCUUCCUGGAGCAGAUAAAGCUCUACCAAAACCUGCUCUCUAAGAAGAGGAGUGAGCUUACUGCCAAAACUGAGAGGCUGGAGAAUGGCCUGACAAAGCUGCAGAGCACGGCCUCACAGGUGGAUGACCUGAAAGCCACGCUGGCGGUCCAGGAGGCAGAGCUGAAGCAGAAGAAUGAGGAUGCAGAUAAACUGAUCCAUGUGGUGGGCGUUGAAACGGAGAAGGUCAGCAAGGAGAAAGCCAUCGCUGACGAGGAGGAGCUGAAGGUCCAGGCCAUCAACACGAAUGUGGCUGAGAAGCAGCGAGCCUGCGAGACCGACCUGGCCAAGGCUGAGCCCGCACUCGUCGCCGCACAGGAAGCCCUCAACACGCUCAACAAGAACAACCUGACGGAGCUGAAGUCCUUCGGGUCCCCUCCGCAAGCGGUGGUGAACGUCACGGCAGCCGUGAUGAUCCUGACGGCUCCGCACGGCAAGAUCCCCAAGGACAGGAGCUGGAAGGCGGCCAAGAUCAUGAUGGGGAAAGUGGACACUUUCCUCGAUGCCUUGAAGAAGUUUGACAAGGAACACAUCCCCGAGGCGUGCCUCAAGGAGUUCCAGCGCUACCAAUCGGACCCCACCUUCGACCCAGAGUUCAUCAUGUCGAAGUCGACAGCCGCGGCUGGGCUGUGCUCCUGGUGCCUGAACAUCGUCCGCUUCUACAAUGUGUACUGCGAGGUGGAGCCCAAGAGGCUGGCGCUGGAGGAAGCCAACGCGGAGCUGGCGGAGGCGCAAGACAAACUGAGCCGCAUUAAGAAGAAAAUUGCGGACCUGAAUGCCAAUUUGGCAACUCUGACUGCGCAGUUUGAGAAAGCGACGGCUGAAAAAAUCAAAUGUCAGCAGGAGGCUGAUGCGACCAACAGAGUAAUCACGUUAGCCAACAGGCUGAUCGGGGGGCUGGCAUCCGAAAACGUGCGCUGGGCCGAGUCGGUAGAGAUGUUCAGGGAGCAAGAGAAGACGCUGUGCGGGGAUGUGCUGCUCAUCUCUGCCUUCGUGUCCUACGUCGGCUACUUCACCAAGAAGUACCGGGCUGAGCUGAUGGAGAAGUGCUGGGUGCCCUACCUGCAGGGGCUGAAGGUGCCCAUUCCCACCACGCCGGGGCUGGACCCCCUCAGCCUCCUCACCGACGCUGCCGACGUGGCCACAUGGAGCAACCAGGGGCUGCCCAGCGACCGCACCUCCACUGAGAACGCUACGAUCCUCUGCAACACGCAGCGGUGGCCGCUGGUGGUGGACGCCCAGCUGCAGGGCAUCAAGUGGAUCAGGAAUAAAUAUGGGGAGCAGCUGAAGGCCAUCCGGCUGGGCCAGAGGAGCUACCUGGACACCAUUGAGCAGGCAGUUUCUGAAGGACACACGCUGCUGAUUGAGGACAUUGGUGAGACGGUGGAGCCGGUGCUGGACCACCUGCUGGGUAGGAACACCAUCAAGAAGGGCAGAUACAUUAAGAUAGGAGACAAAGAAGUGGAGUACCACCCGCAGUUCCGCCUGAUCCUGCACACCAAGUACUUCAACCCGCACUACAAGCCUGAGAUGCAGGCACAGUGCACACUGAUCAACUUCUUGGUGACACGGGAAGGCUUGGAGGACCAACUGCUGGCCGCUGUGGUGGCCAAGGAGCGUCCCGACCUGGAGGCACUGAAGGCGAAUCUCACAAAAAGCCAGAAUGAGUUCAAGAUCCACCUGAAGGAGCUGGAGGACUCCCUGCUCGCCCGGCUCUCCGCUGCCUCGGGGAACUUCCUGGGGGACACAGCGCUGGUGGAGAACCUGGAGACGACAAAGCGCACGGCCAUAGACAUCGAGGAGAAGGUGAAGGAAGCCAAAGUCACAGAGGUGGAAAUAAACGUGGCCAGGGAGAACUACCGGCCAGCAGCAGAACGAGCGUCCCUGCUGUACUUCAUCCUGAGCGACCUCAACAAAAUCAACCCCAUCUACCAGUUCUCCCUAAAGGCAUUCAAUGUGGUCUUCGAGAAAGCCAUCCAACGAACAGCUCAGGCUGAGGAUGUGGGGCAGCGGGUGAUCAACCUGACAGAUGAGAUCACCUACUCAGUCUUCAUGUACACCGCCCGCGGGCUCUUUGAGCAGGACAAACUCAUUUUCCUGGCCCAGGUUGCCUUCCAGGUGCUGGCCAUCAAGAAAGAAGUGAGCCCAGCAGAGCUGGAUUUCCUCUUGCGCUUCCCUUUCAAGGCCGGUGUCACAUCCCCCGUGGACUUCCUGCAGCCCCAGGGCUGGGGUGGCAUCAAGGUCCUCUCAGAGAUGGAUGAGUUCAAGAACCUGGACAGUGACAUCGAGGGCUCCGCCAAGCGAUGGAAAAAGUUUGUUGAGUCCGAGGUGCCUGAGAAGGAGGUGUUUCCCAAAGAGUGGAAGAACAAAACAGCACUGCAGAAGCUGUGCAUGCUGCGCUGCAUGCGGCCCGACAGGAUGACCUACGCUGUCAGGAAUUUUGUGGAAGAGAAGAUGGGCAGCAAGUAUGUGGAAGGCAGGAGUGUGGAAUUCUCCAAGUCGUAUGAGGAGACCAGCCCCUCCACACCCAUGUUUUUCAUUCUCUCGCCUGGAGUUGACCCUCUGAAGGACGUGGAAGCCCUGGGCAAGAAGCUGAACUUCACCAUCGACAACGGGAGGAUCCACAACGUCUCUCUGGGGCAGGGCCAGGAGGUGGUGGCGGAGCAGGCGCUGGAGGUGGCGGCAGAACAGGGGCACUGGGUCAUCCUGCAGAACAUCCACCUGGUGGCCCGCUGGCUGGGCGCGCUGGAGAAGCGCGUGGAGCGGCACAGCACGGGCAGCCACCCCGACUACCGUGUGUUCAUGAGCGCAGAGCCAGCACCCAGCCCCGAGGCACACAUCAUCCCACAGGGGCUGCUGGAAAAUGCCAUUAAGAUCACCAACGAGCCGCCCACCGGCAUGCACGCCAACCUGCACAAAGCCCUCGAUCUCUUCUCCCAGGACACGCUGGAGAUGUGCAGCAAAGAGAUCGAGUUCAAGUGCAUCCUGUUUGCACUCUGCUACUUCCACGCGGUGGUGGCGGAGCGGCGCAAGUUUGGUGCUCAGGGCUGGAACCGCUCCUACCCCUUCAACAACGGGGACCUGACCAUCUCCAUUAACGUCCUGUACAAUUACCUGGAGGCCAACCCCAAGGUGCCGUGGGAUGACCUCCGCUACCUCUUUGGUGAGAUCAUGUACGGAGGGCACAUCACAGACGACUGGGACCGGCGGCUGUGCCGCACCUACCUGAGCGAAUACAUCACUGUGGAGAUGCUGGAUGGGGAGCUGCAGCUGGCCCCGGGGUUCCUGAUCCCACCCAGCAUGGAUUAUAAGGGCUACCACGCGUACAUCGAUGACAAUCUGCCACCAGAGAGCCCCUACCUUUAUGGCCUCCAUCCCAACGCCGAGAUCGGCUUCCUGACCGUCACCUCCGAGAGGCUUUUUCGGACCGUUUUAGAAAUGCAGCCCAAGGAAUCUGAUGCUGGAGGUGGCUCAGGUGCCUCCCGCGAGGAGAAGGUGAAGUCAGUCCUAGAUGAGAUCAUGGAGAAGCUGCCAGAGCCAUUCAACAUGGCAGAGAUCAUGGCCAAAGCAGAGGAUAAGACACCAUACGUGGUGGUUGCCUUCCAGGAGUGUGAAAGAAUGAACAUCCUGACCCACGAAAUCAGGCGCUCUUUGAAAGAAUUAGACCUGGGGCUGAAGGGAGAGCUAACGAUUACAUCAGACAUGGAGGAGCUGGCCACUGCUCUCUUCUACGACAGCGUGCCUGAAUCCUGGACGCGUUAUGCCUACCCCUCUCUUUUCAGCUUAGGAGCUUGGUAUGCAGACCUGCUCCUUCGUAUUAGGGAACUUGAAGUCUGGACAACGGACUUUGUGCUGCCUGUGACGGUGUGGCUGGCAGGGUUCUUCAAUCCCCAGUCUUUCCUCACUGCUAUCAUGCAGUCCAUGGCUAGAAAAAACGAAUGGCCACUGGACAAGAUGUGCCUUUCAGUGGAAGUGACCAAGAAAAACAAGGAGGAUAUGACAGCUCCACCCAGAGAAGGCUCCUAUGUACACGGAUUAUUCAUGGAAGGAGCUCGAUGGGACAUCCCUUCCGGGGCCAUCGCAGACGCUCGGCUGAAGGAGCUGAGCCCCACGAUGCCAGUCAUCUUCAUCAGAGCCGUCCCUGUGGACCGCAUGGACACCAAGAACGUCUACGAAUGCCCUGUCUAUAAGACACGGAUGCGAGGUCCCACCUACGUCUGGACCUUCAACCUGAAGACAAAAGAAAAAGCCGCCAAGUGGAUCCUUGCUGCUGUCGCUCUGCUUCUGCAGGUCUAAACUCCCAUGGCCUGGAAAGCAGCAAAGGCUUUCACUUGCCCCAAACCCCUCGUGUAACUUAGCCCAAGCAUUAAUAAAGACAG